CCCCCCGAGGCCCCGCCCCUCCUCCCGGCGGAACUGGCCCAGCUCCCCUGGGUUGCACGUGCAGUUGUUGUGGUUCUACGUCACGUGGUCCCAGAGGUACCGGCUCUACCAGUUCCGCCUCCAAGAUGGCGGCGCCCAGCGCAUGAGGAUGUGACCGGCCUCUACUAAAUCUCGAUUUGUAGCCGCGAGUAGGUCUGCUGGGCCAUGGACCAGCCAGGGUUCCUGGCCUCGCUGGUGGCUGGUGGGAUAGCAGGUGUUUCUGUUGACUUGAUAUUAUUUCCUCUGGAUACCAUUAAGACCCGGCUGCAGAGUCCCCAAGGAUUUAAUAAGGCUGGUGGUUUUCAUGGAAUAUAUGCUGGUGUUCCUUCUGCUGCUAUUGGAUCCUUUCCUAAUGCUGCUGCAUUUUUUAUCACCUACGAAUAUGUGAAAUGGUUUUUGCAUACGGAUUCCUCUUCAUAUUUGAGGCCUAUGAAGCAUAUGUUGGCUGCCUCUGCUGGAGAAGUGGUUGCCUGCUUGAUUCGAGUUCCAUCUGAAGUGGUUAAGCAGAGGGCACAGGUAUCUGCAUCUUCAAGAACGUUUCAGAUUUUCUCUAACAUCUUAUAUGAAGAGGGCAUCCAAGGGUUGUAUCGAGGCUACAAAAGCACAGUUUUAAGAGAGAUUCCUUUCUCUUUGGUCCAGUUUCCCUUAUGGGAGUCCUUAAAGGCCCUCUGGUCCUGGAGGCAGGAUCAUGUGGUGGAUUCUUGGCAGUCAGCAGUCUGUGGAGCUUUUGCAGGUGGAUUCGCAGCUGCAGUCACCACGCCUCUGGAUGUGGCAAAGACAAGGAUCAUGUUGGCAAAAGCCGGUUCCAGCACUGCCAGCGGGAACGUGCUCUCCGCCCUGCACGGGGUCUGGCGGUCCCAGGGCCUGACGGGGUUAUUUGCAGGUGUCUUCCCUCGCAUGGCAGCCAUCAGUCUGGGCGGCUUCAUCUUCCUGGGGGCUUAUGACCAGACGCGCAGCUUUCUGUUGGAAGUUAGCAAAAAGACUCCUUGAAGCAGAGACGUCUCACACUCCCUUUCAGGAAAGGGGACCGCUGGGAGACCCUCCUCCUGCGGAGCAGCUGUUUGGCCCUGACGUCCAAUUCUGCUGCGAUGACGGCGUUGAGAAUGUGUUGUGUGUGGUGCAUGGUGGCAGGGAUGAAGUCGGGAGAAGAAACUACAGCCAUGGCGGUACUUUGAACAAUUUUCUCAGAACCCCUUAAUAAAUAAGUUUGGUGAUGUUGGG